CACACGUGUGAUGGGCUCCCAUCCCUGUGUAUAAAAGGCACAGCGAACCUCCACCAAGGACAGACACCCAGCAAAGAAGUCUCCAUUGAAGUCUGCCAGUAAAACCUCUGCUCACCUGGUGUCCUCCACGUAAAGGGUCAUCAUGAGUUCGGACCCAGAAAUGGAGUGUUUUGGCCCGGCGGCCGUUUACCUCCGCAAGCCAGAAAAAGAAAGACUUGAAGCUCAAAACACCCCCUUUGAUGCCAAAACAGCUUUUUUUGUUGCGGAGCCAGGUGAGAUGUACCUCAAAGGGAAACUCGUAAAGAGGGAGGGUGGUAAAGCCACUGUAGAGACUCUCACCGGAAAGUCUUUAACUGUAAAGGAAGAUGAAAUCUUCCCCAUGAACCCUCCAAAGUUUGAUAAGAUUGAGGACAUGGCCAUGAUGACCCACCUCAGUGAACCCGCUGUGCUGUAUAACCUCAAAGAGCGCUAUGCAGCAUGGAUGAUCUAUACCUACUCUGGGCUGUUCUGCGUGACUGUGAACCCCUACAAGUGGCUCCCAGUGUAUGACGCAGUGGUCGUUGCUGGAUACAGAGGCAAAAAGAGGAUUGAGGCUCCACCCCACAUCUUCUCCAUCUCUGACAACGCCUAUCAGUUCAUGCUCCAAGAUAGAGAAAACCAGUCAAUUCUGAUUACCGGAGAAUCUGGUGCAGGAAAGACUGUCAACACCAAACGUGUCAUCCAGUACUUUGCAACAAUUGCGGUGGCUGGAGGAAAGAAGGCAGAACCCGUUCCAGGCAAGAUGCAGGGGUCACUGGAAGAUCAAAUCAUUGCAGCAAACCCUCUGUUGGAGGCUUAUGGUAAUGCCAAGACUGUGAGGAAUGACAACUCUUCACGUUUUGGUAAAUUCAUCAGGAUUCAUUUUGGGUCAACCGGAAAGUUGGCUUCAGCUGAUAUUGAAACAUACCUGCUGGAGAAGUCUCGAGUGACCUUCCAACUGUCUGCUGAGAGAAGCUACCACAUCUUCUAUCAGCUUAUGACAGGCCACAAACCUGAGCUACUAGAGGCUUUGCUGAUCACCACCAACCCCUAUGACUAUCCCAUGGUCAGUCAGGGUGAAAUCACUGUCAAGAGUAUCAAUGAUGUUGAAGAAUUCAUCGCUACUGAUACAGCUAUUGACAUUUUGGGCUUCACUGCUGAAGAGAAGCACAGCAUGUACAAGUUGACUGGAGCUGUGAUGCAUCACGGAAACAUGAAGUUCAAACAGAAGCAGCGAGAGGAACAGGCUGAACCUGAUGGCACUGAGGUGGCUGAUAAAAUUGCCUACCUCAUGGGUCUAAACUCUGCUGAUUUACUAAAAGCACUGUGCUAUCCCAGAGUUAAAGUUGGAAAUGAGUUUGUGACCAAAGGUCAAACUGUGCCACAGGUCAACAAUGCUGUCAUGGCUCUCUGCAAGUCUGUCUAUGAGAAAAUGUUCUUGUGGAUGGUCGUCAGAAUUAAUGAGAUGCUGGAUACUAAGCAGCCCAGGAGCUUUUUCAUCGGUGUCUUGGACAUUGCUGGGUUUGAAAUCUUUGAUUUCAACAGCUUGGAGCAGCUGUGCAUUAACUUCACCAAUGAAAAACUGCAACAGUUUUUCAACCACCACAUGUUUGUCCUUGAGCAAGAAGAGUACAAGAAAGAGGGGAUUGAAUGGGAGUUCAUUGACUUUGGUAUGGACUUGGCUGCCUGCAUUGAGCUCAUUGAGAAGCCAAUGGGCAUCUUCUCCAUCCUUGAAGAGGAGUGCAUGUUCCCCAAGGCCACUGACAUGACCUUCAAGAACAAAUUAUAUGAUCAACACCUUGGUAAAAGUGCCCCCUUCCAAAAACCAAGACCUGCCAAAGGCAAAGCCGAGGCUCACUUUUCUCUGGUGCACUAUGCUGGUACUGUUGAUUACAAUGUUCUCGGCUGGUUGGACAAGAACAAAGACCCUCUGAAUGACACAGUUGUUCAGCUCUACCAGAAAUCCUCAGUCAAACUGUUGGCUUUCCUCUAUGCAACUCACGCCUCAGCAGAUGCUGAGGGUGGUGGUGGUGGAAAAAAAGGUGGCAAGAAAAAGGGUGGAUCAUUUCAAACUGUUUCCGCUCUGUUCAGGGAGAAUUUGGGCAAGCUGAUGACCAACUUAAGAAGCACUCAUCCUCAUUUUGUGCGUUGUUUGAUUCCAAAUGAAUCAAAGACUCCAGGUCUUAUGGAGAACUUCCUGGUCAUCCACCAGCUCAGGUGUAAUGGUGUGCUCGAAGGCAUCAGAAUCUGUAGGAAAGGUUUCCCCAGCAGAAUCCUCUAUGGUGACUUUAAGCAGAGAUACAAAGUAUUGAAUGCCAGUGUUAUCCCUGAGGGACAGUUCAUCGACAACAAGAAGGCUUCAGAGAAACUCUUGGGCUCUAUUGAUGUUGACCACACUCAGUACAAGUUUGGACACACUAAGGUGUUUUUCAAAGCUGGAUUGCUGGGUACUCUGGAGGAGAUGCGAGAUGAAAAACUUGCUAUUCUGGUGACCAUGACUCAGGCUCUGUGCAGAGGUUUCCUCAUGAGGAGAGAGUUUGUCAAAAUGAUGGAGCGCAGAGAAGCCAUUUACUCCAUCCAGUACAACAUUCGCUCAUUCAUGAAUGUUAAAACAUGGCCAUGGAUGAAACUGUAUUUCAAGAUUAAGCCUCUUCUGAAGAGUGCGGAAACUGAGAAGGAAAUGGCCCAAAUGAAAGUGGACUUUGAAAAGACCAAAGAGGAUCUAACAAAGGCUCUGGCUAAGAAGAAGGAACUUGAAGAGAAAAUGGUUUCUCUGUUGCAGGAGAAGAACGACCUGCAGCUUCAAAUUCAAUCUGAAGGUGAAAACCUUGCCGAUGCAGAGGAAAGAUGUGAGGGUCUCAUUAAAGCAAAAAUCCAGCUUGAGGCCAAACUCAAAGAGACAUCCGAAAGACUGGAGGAUGAGGAGGAAGUCAAUGCUGAGCUGACUGCAAAGAAGAGGAAGCUGGAGGACGAGUGCUCUGAGCUGAAGAAAGACAUCGAUGACUUGGAGCUCACCCUGGCCAAAGUGGAGAAAGAGAAACAUGCCACUGAGAACAAGGUCAAAAACCUGACAGAGGAGAUGGCAUCUCAGGAUGAGGCCAUUGCUAAGCUGACCAAAGAGAAGAAAGCCCUCCAAGAGGCCCAUCAGCAGACUCUCGAUGACCUUCAGGCAGAGGAAGACAAAGUCAACACUCUGACGAAGGCAAAGACCAAGCUGGAGCAGCAAGUGGACGAUCUUGAAGGUUCUCUGGAGCAAGAAAAGAAGAUCCGCAUGGAUCUUGAGCGAGCUAAAAGAAAGCUUGAAGGAGAUUUGAAAUUGGCCCAUGAAACCAUAAUGGACCUGGAGAAUGACAAGCAGCAAUCUGAGGAGAAAAUAAAGAAGAAGGACUUUGAAACAAGUCAACUUCUUAGCAGAAUUGAGGAUGAGCAAUCACUUUGUGCUCAGCUUCAGAAGAAAAUCAAAGAACUUCAGGCCCGUAUUGAGGAGCUGGAGGAGGAAAUUGAGGCUGAGCGUGCAGCUCGGGCCAAAGUAGAGAAGCAGCGAUCUGAUCUCUCCAGGGAACUUGAGGAGAUCAGUGAAAGGCUGGAGGAAGCUGGUGGAGCAACAUCUGUACAGAUUGAAAUGAACAAAAAGCGCGAGGCUGAGUUUCAGAAGCUGCGCCGUGAUCUUGAAGAGUCCACUCUGCAGCAUGAGGCCACCGCUGCAGCUCUCCGCAAGAAGCAGGCCGACAGUGUGGCAGAACUGGGAGAACAGAUUGAUAAUCUCCAGAGAGUCAAACAGAAACUGGAGAAGGAGAAGAGUGAAUAUAAGAUGGAGAUUGAUGACCUCAGCAGCAAUAUGGAGUCUGUUGCCAAAGCAAAGGCCAACCUUGAGAAAAUGUGCCGCACUCUUGAGGAUCAACUGAGUGAGAUAAAGGCCAAAAAUGAUGAGCAUGUGCGACAACUGAAUGAUGUUGGGAUACAAAGGGCAAGACUUCAAACUGAAAAUGGGGAAGUUAUUCGUCAGCUGGAGGAGAAAGAAGCCUUGAUUUCUCAACUAACAAGGAGCAAACAGGCUUACACCCAACAAGUUGAAGAACUCAAAAGGCAUAUUGAGGAGGAAGUGAAAGCCAAGAAUGCUUUGGCUCAUGCUGUUCAGUCAUCGCGUCAUGACUGCGACCUGCUCAGAGAGCAGUAUGAGGAGGAACAGGAGGCUAAGGCUGAGCUGCAGCGUUCAAUGUCCAAGGCCAACAGUGAGGUGGCUCAGUGGAGAACCAAAUAUGAGACUGAUGCUAUUCAGCGCACUGAGGAGCUGGAGGAGGCCAAGAAAAAGCUUGCCCAGCGUCUUCAGGAUGCUGAGGAAUCCAUCGAGGCUGUGAAUGCCAAAUGUGCCUCUCUGGAGAAGACCAAACAGAGACUGCAGGGUGAAGUGGAGGACCUCAUGAUUGACGUGGAAAGAGCUAAUGCUCUGGCUGCCAGCCUCGACAAGAAGCAAAGAAACUUUGACAAGGUUCUUGCAGAGUGGAAACAGAAGUAUGAGGAGAGCCAGGCAGAACUGGAGGGAGCUCAGAAAGAAGCUCGAUCUCUCAGCACUGAAAUGUUCAAAAUGAAAAACUCCUAUGAGGAAACUCUGGACCACCUGGAGACCCUUAAGAGGGAGAACAAGAACCUACAACAGGAAAUCUCUGAUCUAACUGAACAACUUGGUGAGACUGGGAAAACCAUUCAUGAACUGGAGAAAGGGAAAAAGAGUGUAGAGUUAGAGAAGUCUGAAAUCCAGACAUCACUUGAAGAGGCAGAGGCUACGCUGGAACAUGAAGAAUCCAAGAUUCUUCGUAUCCAGCUUGAGCUCACCCAGGUAAAGAGUGAAGUUGACAGGAAAAUUGCAGAGAAGGAUGAGGAGAUCGAGCAGAUCAAGAGGAACAGCCAGAGAGUGAUCGAGACCAUGCAGAGCACUCUGGAUGCUGAAGUGAGGAGCAGGAAUGAUGCCCUGAGAAUCAAGAAGAAGAUGGAGGGUGACCUCAAUGAGAUGGAGAUUCAGCUGAGCCAUGCCAACCGACAGGCAGCAGAAGCCCAGAAACAGCUGAGGAAUGUCCAGGGACAGCUUAAGGAUGCCCAGCUGCACCUUGAUGAAGCCAUCAGAGGCCAGGAUGAAAUGAAGGAGCAGGUCGCUAUGGUGGAGCGUAGGAACAACCUGAUGCUGGCUGAGAUUGAGGAACUGAGAGCUGCACUGGAGCAGACAGAGAGAGGCCGCAAAGUGGCUGAACAGGAGCUGAUUGACGCCAGUGAGCGAGUGGGACUGCUGCACUCCCAGAACACCAGCCUCAUCAAUACAAAAAAGAAGCUGGAGGCAGACUUAAUACAGAUCCAAGGUGAAGUAGAAGAUUCUGUCCAGGAAGCAAGAAAUGCUGAGGAAAAAGCUAAGAAGGCCAUCACAGAUGCUGCCAUGAUGGCAGAGGAGCUGAAGAAGGAGCAAGACACUAGCGCUCAUUUGGAGAGGAUGAAGAAGAACCUGGAGGUGACAGUGAAGGACCUGCAGCACCGACUUGAUGAAGCUGAAAAUCUGGCCAUGAAGGGUGGCAAGAAGCAGCUGCAGAAAUUGGAGGCUAGGGUCCGGGAACUGGAAACUGAAUUUGAUACUGAGCAAAGGCGUAGUGCUGAGGCUAUAAAGGGAGUCCGAAAAUAUGAGAGAAGAGUGAAGGAACUGACUUACCAGACUGAGGAGGACAAGAAGAAUAUUGCAAGACUACAGGAUCUGGUAGAUAAGCUGCAGCUCAAGGUGAAGGCCUACAAGAGACAGGCUGAGGAGGCAGAGGAGCAGGCCAACACUCACCUGUCCAGGUACAGGAAGGUUCAGCAUGAGAUGGAGGAGGCUCAGGAGCGCGCUGACAUUGCUGAGUCUCAGGUCAACAAGCUGAGGGCAAAGAGCCGUGAAAUUGGCAAGACCAAAGAAGCAGCAGAGUGAUGACGGCAAAGCUAUACAGUAACAAGGAGUCAUACAAUAUGAACACUUUGUUACUUGAUUCCUUUAGUAUGCUAAACUGAUGACUUAAAGUCAAUAAAACAUAGUUUGUUGCAUCCUA